AGCAGCAAGCGAACAGCGAGCAGCGAACGGCGAAGCGGCGAUCUCCUCUCCGUCUCUCUCCGUGGCGGGGGCUGAGCAUGGAAGAGCCGCCGGAGGGGCACGGCCACCACCGGGACGCGGCGCCGCCGGGGCCGGCGAACGGCGGAGGCGGCGGUGGAGGCGGCAGCGACGGCGACAGCGCUCCGGUGUCCCCCAGCCCCGCGCCCGCCUCCCCCGCCGCGCCCUGCCCCCUGCCCCUGCCCCGCCGCCGCCCCCCGCCGCCGCCGCCGCCCCGCACCACUAACUUCUUCAUCGACAACAUCCUCCGGCCGGACUUCGGCUGCAAGAAGGAGCUGCCCGCCGCCACCGGUGCUGCGACGGGAGGAGGAGGAGGAGGAGGAGGCGGCCGGGAACAGCGGGACGGAGCGCAGAGCGCAGGUAGAGAGAACGUCAACCCGCUGCUGGCCCGGCCGCCCCACGCGCCCUCCUCCGCGCUCCUCUGCCCGGACUCGAACUGCGCUCCCGACGGCUCCGCGCCCGCCGGCACCGCCGCCAAAGCGAAUCCCGGAACGGCCGCGGGAGCUGCGGGGUCUGCGGGGGCGGCCAAGGCACAGGGAGACGGCGGCGAGACUCCGGCAGCCAAGUACGGGGAGCACGGCAGCCCCGCCAUCCUCCUCAUGGGCUCUAAUAAUGGAGGAGCCGUGCUCAAGCCCGACUCGCAGCAGCCGCUGGUAUGGCCCGCCUGGGUGUACUGUACGCGAUACUCCGACCGGCCUUCCUCGGGACCCCGCACCAGGAAGCUGAAGAAGAAGAAGACGGAGAAGGAGGACAAACGGCCGCGCACCGCCUUCACGGCCGAGCAGCUGCAGCGGCUGAAGGCGGAGUUCCAGGCGAACCGCUACAUCACGGAGCAGCGGCGGCAGAGCCUGGCCCAGGAGCUGAGCCUCAACGAGUCCCAGAUCAAGAUCUGGUUCCAGAACAAGCGGGCCAAGAUCAAGAAAGCGACGGGCAUCAAAAACGGGCUGGCGCUGCACCUCAUGGCCCAGGGACUGUACAACCAUUCCACCACCACGGUGCAGGACAAAGAGGAGAGCGAGUGACGGCCCCGCGCCGACAGGUGCCAGGAACACAGAGCUAUUGUCUAUCCAUAGUAUAAGGACUGCGAACGAGAAAAAAAGAAAUAUGAACGCUUACAAAAAAAAAAAAAAAAAAAAAAUCUCUAUAUAGCCAAACAUAUGACCUUGUAUAUAUUUAAUUUCAGGUAAGAAAUAUGUGUAGCGAUCUCUAUUUGCUGGACGGUUUCUCUCUCCCCUUCUCUCUCCCUCUCUCUUUUGUUCGUUUGUUGCUUUCCUUUCCUCCCCACGUCCGUCGCUCUUCGUUUUUGGUGUCCGCCUCCGCUCUUCCGUUCGAUCCAUAUUUGUGUGUGUGUGUGAAUUUCUGUCUCUCUCUCUCCCUCUCUUAUUUUUAUUUUUUUUUUCCCGAGGAAAAAAAAAAAAAUAAAUCUGAUCCACAGACUGCGAGGCUGAACGGCCGCUCCAAGCCAAAGAUUUUAUUAUGUUCAGAAAUCUGUAGUCUGAAAUAAAGUGUAGGCUGUGCUCAGCA